UUUCCACCCCUGUUUUUUUUUUCAUUUAUUGUUCAAUUUCAGCACCUAUAAAUUUCUGGAUAAUGUCGUUUAUGAAAUGGAUGAGCGGUGGUAGUGGCGCUGGGAAUGGGUCGAACGGGUCGACCGGAACUGUGAACGUUGGCAAUACCUGCUACGCGAGCUCGAUUCUACAGGCACUGUAUUUCUGUCAGACGUUCCGUGACUGUGUCAACAACUACCCUGCAGAAAAGUACCAGAUUGACGACUCGAUGUUUGCGUCGCUGAAGGACCUGUUCUGGUCAAUAUCCACGCGGAUCCAGCGCUCAGGCAGCAUAUCGCCGCAGCGGUUCAUCGGCAAGCUCAAGGAGUGCAACGAGCUGUUCCGCAGCAAUGCGCACCAGGACGCGCACGAGUUCCUGAACUAUUUGCUGAACGAAAUUGUCGAGAAUGUGGACAAGAUAUACCGUGACAAGAAGCUGGACGGCACGUGGGUGCAUACGCUGUUUGAGGGGCUGCUGACGAAUGAGACAAAGUGCCUGAGCUGCGAGAAUGUGACAAGCCGUGACGAGACGCUGCUGGACGUGUCGGUGGAUAUCCACGAGAACACGUCGGUGACAAACUGCCUAAACCAGUUCGCAGCAGGCGAGCUUCUCUUGCCACAACAACAACGGUUCAAGUACCACGAGGGCCUGGGGCGGUACGUCAAGCUGUCGUACCGUGUCAACUUCCCCACGGAGCUGCGCGUGCCCAACACCACCGAGGAGACCGAGGACCUGCUGUACUCACUCAGCGCCAUCGUGGUGCACCUGGGCGGCGGACCUUACCACGGCCAUUACAUCUCGAUUGUACGCUCAGGCAACAAGUGGAUUCUGUUCGACGACGACUGCGUCGACAUCAUCGACGAGAACGAGCUAUACAACUACUUUGGCAACUUCCCCAAACUUUGGCUCCGGCUAUGUGCUGUUCUAUGAACGCACUGACUUUGACCCGCUGCGGUUUGAUCUGCCCAGGGCUUUUGAGGCUUGCGUGCGAGGCCAAACAGCAAGUGGAGGAGGAGCAGGUGGUGCCGGAGCCAGAGCUAGAGAAGCCACCCGCCAACCCCGAGGGUCCGCCCGGCAAGUUCUUUGCGCCAGCGCGCCCACCACCGCUGAUCUCGACGACGCGGUCGUUCCACGGCGGCAUUACCUCCGACAACAUGAGCCCUGUGGCUAUGAGCCCGGGCCCGAUGAGCCCGUCGGGCAUGCGCACACCGUCG